ACCAAGAGUACCCAAAAAAAAAUCUAAUUGUAAUAUUAUUGUCUUCUUGUUUAGUGAAAAAUAGAAAAAAGAUUGGUCUACACAUUUACCCAGUGUAUCAGGAAUCACCCCCAUUUUUGGAAAACAAAUCACUCUCCCUUAGACUUUUGAGAUUUGAACAAAAUCAAAUGAUACUUCUACAAACUCAAUGUGCACACCUAAUUUAAUUUUACAGUUUCUACUUUUUCUUCGUCUUUCUUUCCAUCUUGCAUGUUCUUGUGGUAUGCUUAGUCAAUUAACCACAUUGGAAUAUAUGAUAUAUCUUUGUAUAUAUAUAUAUAUAGCACCCAAGCAUAAAGCCAAUUUCAUUCAUCUUCCUCAUUUCUCCACGUAUUACAAAAUUAGUGUUAUUACUCUAGAAUAAGGAGAAAAUUUAUUCUUCCAGUUAGGUUUGUGGUUGACUAAGUCACAAGGAGAGAAACCUAAUGACAAGUCGAAAUUUAUCGACCCAAUUAAGAGCUCUUGUCGUAGAUGACAACAUGAUCAACCGAAAGAUUCAUCAAAAGAUGUUGAAUGGUUUGGGAGUGGAAUGCAUGGGAGUAGCAAAUGGAAAAGAAGCUGUAGAUGUUCACGGUUAUGGUCAAAGCUUUGACCUCAUUCUUAUGGACAAGGAUAUGCCCAUCAUGAAUGGCAUUGAGGCAACAAAAAAGCUUCGGUCAAUGGGCAUUUGCAGCAUGAUUGUUGGUGUGUCAUCACGUUCAAUGGACGUGGAAAUAAGAGAAUUUAUGGAAGCUGGCUUAAAUGAUUACCAUGAGAAACCAUUGACAACUGCUAAGCUUGCUUCCAUUAUUCAUCAUAUCAUCAACACCAAAUAAAUUAUAUAUGUUUUACUUGAAAUGUGAAUAAUUUCAGGCAUAUGUAUGCUAUGUCAUAUGCAAAAAAUUUGUCCGUU